GAAAUGAAUUUUUUUUAAACAGCAACUUAGCUUCUCUUGGCCCUUUAAAAACCAAGUUCCUAGAUUUGGGGCACUUGAGUGAAGCCCCUCUCCCUGACCCCACCCUUUCCUCUGGACUUGCUGCUCACCACCAAAGAAAAGGAAUUUCUAGAGAAUUAUUCAUUGGAACAGCCAGAAUCUUUGGAUUUCCAGAAGUAGCAAAGUUAGGCACUCUUUGUCAAAGGAUGAAAACAAAAUCUCCAGAUUGAACCUCUCUCGUUCCUCAAGAAAGACUAAAGAGAAUCCGUCUGCUUCUAGAUCUUAGGCCAAGUCUAGGCAUCUCAUUUGAUUCUAAGGCGGAGCAGCUGGACGCGCACACAUCUGGACCUGCCGAAAUCUCCUAGCGCCCUCUGCAGCCCGUCUGGCCAGGCCGGAGGGCGGGUGGGGACUCCAAGCUGCCUCACACCCCUCCAACUCUCUACCACACCCCUGGACCCCACCCAGUCUUGUCUAGGAGGCAAGGCGGGAGUCCCCAACUUCUCGAUACAGAAACAGGGCGUGGGGGGCCAGGAGCCCACGGAACCCACAGCCGUUGGGGACGCUCCGCCCGCUGUGAACUUCCUCCUCCUCCUCCUCCUCCUCCUCCUCCUCCCAACGCUCUCCUCCACCCCCAUCACCCCGUGCCGCCAGCCUGCUCCUGGCGCCCCGCCGCUGGAGACACGCGGCUGCGUCCUCGGUGCACUUGGGGCGCUCUUCUCUGCCCAUUCGCGCAUAACUUCUGAACUGUGUGCGGCUUGUUGGAUGUCCCGAACAGGGAGAGCAUGGCUUGGAAAGAAAGUCGAGAGGCUAUUCCCCUAGGGGUGGCCAUCUGGAAGGCGGUGAUUGUCCUUCUCUGCUCCUGUAUCCCAAGGAUCUAUCCCUACAACUUGGACACGGACAACGCACUGCUCUUUAACGGACCCAAAGGGACUCUCUUUGGCUAUUCAGUUGUCUUGCACAGCCAUGGGGACAGCAGAUGGCUUGUGGUAGGAGCCCCUACCGCCAACUGGCAAACCAACGCUUCAGUGGUCAACCCCGGUGCAAUAUUCAGAUGCAAGAUUGGAGACAACCCUAACAGGACUUGCGAACAACUCCAGCUGGGCAGCCCUGCUGGAGAAUAUUGUGGGAAGACAUGUUUGGGAGAAAGAGACAAUCAGUGGUUGGGGGUCAGUCUUUUCAGACAACCAAAAGAGCAUGGAGCUAUUGUGGCUUGUGGACAUCGAUGGAAAAAUAUAUACUACAUGAAAAAUGAAAAUAAGCUUCCCACUGGUGUUUGUUAUCUAAUGCCCCCUGACCUGCGAACAGAGCAGAGUAAAAGAAUAGCACCCUGUUAUCAAGAUUAUCAGAAAAAAUUUGGAGAAUACUUUACAUCAUGUCAAGCUGGAAUAUCUAGUUUUUAUACAGAAGACUUAAUUAUUUUAGGAGCCCCUGGAUCAUAUUACUGGACAGGUUCACUCUUUGUGUACAACAUUACUGCAAAUGAAUACAAGGCUUUUAUGGACAGAAUGAAUAAAGUAAAAUUCGGAAGCUAUCUAGGAUAUGCUGUUGGUGCUGGUCAUUUUCGGGAUCACCAGCGUAUGGAAGUUGUUGGAGGAGCUCCACAGCAUGAACAGAUUGGUAAGGCAUACAUAUUCAGUGUUGAAGCAAGAGAUCUAAAUAUAUUGUAUGAAAUGAAGGGGAAGAAGCUUGGUUCAUAUUUUGGAGCCUCGGUUUGUGCAGUGGAUCUCAAUGCUGAUGGCCUCUCGGACUUACUUGUUGGUGCCCCUAUGCACAGUAUUAUCAGGGAAGAAGGAAGAGUUUUUGUUUACAUCAACUCAGGCUCAGAAGGAAAAAUGAAAGAACUGGAAACUGAGCUGGUUGGAAGUGACAAACAUGCUGCAAGAUUUGGAGAGUCCAUACUAAAUCUAGGGGAUAUUGAUAAUGAUGGUUUUGAAGAUGUUGCCAUUGGGGCUCCUCAAGAAGAUGAUUUACGUGGUGCUAUUUAUAUUUACAAUGGCAGAAUAGAUGGGAUAUCACCAUCCUUUUCACAGAGAAUCGAAGGACGUCAGAUCAGUCAGUCCCUACGCAUGUUUGGACAAUCAAUAUCUGGAGGCAUUGAUGCAGAUCAUAAUGGAUAUCCAGAUGUAGCAGUUGGUGCCUUUUGGUCUGAUUCUGCUGUGGUGCUAAGGACAAGACCAGUAGUAAUUGUUGAGGCUUCUUUAAAACAUCCUGAUUCAGUGAACCGAACUAAAUUUGAAUGUAUUGAAAAUGGACAACCUUCUGUAUGUAUGGACCUGACCCUCUGCUUUUCAUACAGAGGCCGAGAGGUCCCAGGCUACAUUGUUUUGUUUUAUAAUGUGAGCCUGGAUGUGAACAGAAAGGCCGAGACCCCAUCAAGAUUUUACUUUUCUUCUAAUGGGACAUCUGAUGUGAUUUCAGGAAGCAUUAAUGUAUCCAAUAUUACUGAAAACUGCAGGAAGCAUCAGGCAUUUAUGCGGAAAGAUGUAAGGGAUAUUCUUACUCCAAUUCAUGUUGAAGCAGCUUACCACCUUGGACAUCAUGUAACCAGUAAGAGCAGCACUAAAGAAUUUUCACCACUUCAACCAAUUCUUCAACAGAAGAAAGAAAAAGACAUAAUUAGAGAAAAGAUAACCUUUGCAAGAUUUUGUAGCCGUAAAAAUUGUUCUGCUGAUUUACAAGUGUCUUCAAAAAUUGGAUUUCCAAAGCCAUAUGAAAAUAAAAAUUACCUUGCAGUUGGAAGUAUGAAGACUCUAAUGUUGAAUGUUUCAUUGACUAAUGCUGGAGAUGAUGCAUAUGAUACAACUCUGCACAUUCAUCUACCCAAAGGUCUUUACUUCAUUAAAAUUUUGGAUCUGGAAGAGAAACAACUAUAUUGUGAAGUAACAGAAAAUUUGGGUGUAGUGAAACUUGUCUGCAGGGUUGGUCAUAUAUUUGUGGAUCAUCUAUCAAAGGAAGAUAUUAGUUUUCUCCUGGAUGCAAGUUCACUUAGCAAAGCAGAAGAUGACCUCACCAUUACAGUUAAUGCCACCUGUGAAAAUGAAUGGGAAAUGGACAGUCUAUUGGAUAAUAAUAUGACUUUAAUGAUACCACUGAAGUAUGAGAUUCAAUUAAAUGUUCAUGGGUUUGUAACUCCAGCUUCAUUUAUUUAUGGACCAAGUGAAGAAAAUGAACCUGAUAUGUGUAUGAUGGAGAAAAUCAAUUUUACUUUUCAUGUAAUUAAUGCAGGACCCAGCAUGGCCCCUAAUGUGAGUGCAGAAAUCAUGAUACCCAACUCAUUCACUCCAUAUUACCACAAAUUAUUCAACAUUUUGGAUGUCCAGACAACAGCUGGAAAAUGUGAUUUUGACGAUUAUCAAAGGGUUUGUGCUUUAUCACAAGAAAAGAGGAAAACAGGAGCCCUAAAAGAUAUAGUUAACUUCUUUUCAAAAACUGAUAAAAGGUUGAUGUACUGUAUAAAAAAUGAUCCUCAUUGCUUAAUUUUUUCAUGCAAUUUUGGAAAAAUGGAAAGUGGAAAAGAAGCCAGUGUCCAUAUUCAUUUAGAAGGCCGGCCAUCAAUUUUAGAAAUGGAUGAGGCCUCAACACUCAAGUUUGAAGUAAAAUCUACAGUCUCAUCAGAACCAAAUCCAAAAGUUAUUGAACUGCAUAAGGAUGAAAAUGUUGCAUAUGUCCAUCUGGAUGGAUUGCAUCAUAAAAAGCCUAAACCAUAUUUUCGUACAAUGAUUAUUUCAACCAGUUUUAUACUGGGUUUCACUGUAUUUUUAUUCCUCUUAUAUGUCAUGUGGAAGGCGGGUUUCUUUAAAAGAGAAUACAAAGCUAUUCUACAAGAAGAAAACAGAAGAGACAGUUGGAGCUAUGUCAACAGCAAUAAGGAGAAUUAAAGACGUCUUUAAAUUAUAAUAGACUCAGGUUAACUAAAAAGUUGAAAGAUAUUGUUUUCAAGAAAACAUUGGCAACUGAAUUUUACUGGAUUUACUCAUCUGGGGGGAGCUUAAAUUUGACCUUUGGCCUAAGGCAUUAUAUUUCAAGUAAAGCAAGAAGAAUGAAAAGGACUAUCUGAAAUAACAAAGACAGCAUCUUUCUCAGGUGCCAAAAGGACUGAAGAACACUAAAAAGUUUGAUUUCUCCAGGAUGAAUAGUACUCUGAAGAGAUCAUGGGAUGCCAAUAUAUCUCAUGGAGACAAUAAGAAACAAGUAAGCCUUUUUACUUGAAGCAUCCUUUCAAAAAAAUGCACCUACUAGAUGUACUCUUGUAAUGUUGAAACUAGCUCUAAUCGAAUGAACAUUAGUUGCCUUUGAAGAAUGAUAGUUUAUUUAAAAUAACUCAAUUCACUUGGAUCUCAAUUAGAUAAGUAUUUGUCAAGGAGCUAAGAAUACUUAGUAAACAGUGUUAACAGAGGAAAAUAAUUGCUGAGCUAAUGUGCAUAGUUGGUCAAACGUGAGACUAACUGGUUGUACUUAAGAGAAUGAAUGAUGGUGUGAACUUUCUUAGGUCUAUGGAUUUACAUAUACAUAUAUGUAAAAUAAGCAUUGUUAUAUAUAAUAUGUAAAACUUGUUUAUGUGUCUUCAAAUAAUGUGAAUAUAUGGAAGUAUAUUCACAGUAUAAAUUCUUCCAUGGUACCCAUGAACAAAUCAAAGAAAAUAGGUUUUUUUUAAGUGAUUAUUUGUAAAUUUGAAAAAUCAUUUACUUCUGUGAUAUUUUAAAUACUGAGACAGCAUAUUGUUUGUGUUGCACUUUAGCUAAUAUCUAAAUAGGAAAUACACUGAUGUAUAUGAUGUAUGUAUUGUGAAAACCAUACCUUACUAAUGGUGAAAAACAGUAUUAAAGUUGUGUAAGGACAAUCAUUAUAUGCAAAUAAUUUUUAUUCUGAUUGGACAAUAAUGAAAUGCACUAAUAUAUAUUUGAAUAGUUGUGUGUACUGUUCAACUAGAAGUAUUGAAUGGAUUCUCAUCAGUAUUUUUUACAAAGGAUUCAAAAGAAGUCAAAUUUAACUAUAAAUAAAAAUAUUUUGAGGAUUGUAGGAUAAAUACAGUGAAUAUAAAUGUAGCAAAUGUUUUCAUAAAAUGUAAGGUAGUUUUUUAAAGUCAUGAAGUAGCUUUUUCCAGGAUAUUAAGUAAUUUAUGUUGUAUUUGCUAAUUUGUACUAUUUAUUACACGUAUAUGAAUUAGGUGACAUAAAAUGGGCAAAUACAAUUUCAUUAGAAUCUGCUUGUAUCUUGUACAUAUGACAAAAUGUGUAACUUUUUAAAAGCCUGAUAAAGAUAAAAUCUCUUUUCCAUUCUUCCAGUUCUUUGGUUUAUUUUUACAUCCUUUCAUUUACUCAGUAAAACUAAAACAGCGUAUUUUAUUUUAAAAAUCUACACAAACUAAUGAACACAUCAAUUAGAUAAAUGGUAUUUCUAUGUAUCUCUUAUUAAGUAGUAACAUUAAAGACCUCUAAAUUUGUGAUCUUUGGUUUUCUAUCUCCAGAAGAAUUCUGUUUUAGAAGAACUCUUUAAUUUGGCCUCCUUCCUAUUUGGAAAUGAGUAUUUCAGUACUAGGGGGUCACACCUACAGGGCAUUUGCCAGUUGUGUGCCAAAGCACAGUAAUUUCUAAGACCAUGUGUCCCAGCUUUGAGAAAAAAAAUAUAAACUUUUAAAAUUUAUUCUAAACUAUGAGGGAGAAGCAUUUUUAAAAUGUCAAAUGAAUACUGAUUUUAUAUAUCUUUUAAAUACAGAGUAUAAGAAUUUCAGUUAGCUGACAAAAUGAUAUGCACAUGUAAAUUAUGAUUUUCAUGUUUCUAAUUUUGUUCUUUCUCUGGAGAUGGACAUUCACAGGUUGUUCUCCAAAUGUUAAUCCUAUGGUGGUAUAUCAUGUUUUCUUGGUUCUGCUUAUUUCACCUUUCAUUAUUUCAUGUAGGUCUUUCCAAGUUUAAAAAAAUCAACCUGCUCAUUGUUUUGGAUACCCCCCUCAAUUUCCAGUUAUUGUGCAACCACAAAGAGAGUUGCUAUAAAUAUUUUGAAACAUAUGAGUUUUUCCCCUUUUCUAUGCUCCCUGAUAUUGUUGGGUCUAAGAGUAUACAGUUUUAUAAUUUUCUGGGCAUAAUUCCAAAUUGCUUUCCAAAAUUGUUAGACUAGUUUGCACUUCCUCCAACAGUAUGUUAAUAUCCUAAUUUUUCCACAUCCCCUCCAACAUUUAUCAUUUUGCUCUUUUAUCCUUCUAGCCAAUCUGAUGAGUGUGAGAUGAUAUCUCAGAAUUUUGCGUUGAUUUUUAUUUCUCUAAUCAGUACUUAUUUAGAGCAUUUCCCCAAAUACUUGUAUUUUGUUGAUUUCUUCAUCCAAAAACUGUUCCUAUCCUUUAUCCAUUUGUCAAUUAGGGGAUGGCUCUUAUAUUUAUAAAUUUGACAAAGUUCUCUAAAAAUUUAAGAUCUGAAACCUCUAUUUUAGAAAUUGUCUAUAAAAUGUAUUCCCCAGUUCUCUGCUUUCCUUUGAAUCGUGGCUACAUUAAUUUUAUUUGUACAAAAAGUUUUAAAUUUUAUGCAAUUAAAAUUAUCCAUUUUACAUCUCA